CUCUCUCUCUGUGUCUCUCUCUCUCUCUGUGUGUCUCUCUCUCCCUCUCUCUCUCUCCACUCUUCAGUCUUGCUUUUCGGCGCUCGCUGCAGCCAUGCAUCGCCGGGAGAAGCCCGGACCCUCAUGGAAAAACCUUCUUCACUUUUGUAGAUGCACUUUAUAUUUAUCGCUCCUAAGUCUGCACCCGAUGGUCGCGCUCACAGCACACACUGCUAAGUCGACUGAGUCGGACACUUUUGCCUUUUACCAUGAGGGUGCUCAGGGCUGUUUGGGUGUUCGGGAUCACAGUCUUUACCUCUCCUCAUCCUGCAAUGAAGAUGCUCAGCUGUGGAAGUGGGUGACCAGGAACCGCCUCUUCAACCUCGGAUCCUCCCUCUGCCUGGGCAUUACCGUGGGCAACUUGAGCGGACUGGCCGACCGCUCUCCGCUGGGCAUGUUCCGCUGUGACUGGGAGCCCCCCCGGGUACGCUGGUCCUGGAGCUGCAGCAAGUUCCUGGAGUCCCUCAAUACGCACCUGCCCAAUCCCAAACCACCAGCUACUGACCGCAACGGCUCGGCCACAGUUACCCUGCCUGUCAGACGCCCACCCGACAACCUGCAGUGGAGACUGUACGGGGACGAUCAGGACCUCUGCACAAAGACAUACCGCGAGAUCUACACUAUUCAGGGGAACUCUCAUGGCCGGCCCUGCUACUUGCCCUUCCUGUACGAUGGCCAGUGGUUCCACAGCUGCACCAGUGUUGGGCGGGAGGACGGCCAUCUUUGGUGUGCUACCACCCACGAUUACGGCAAGGACGAGCGCUGGGGAUUCUGCCCCAUUAAGAGUGCGGACUGUGAGACAUUCUGGGACACCGACUCUCUGAUGGAUAACUGCUACCAGUUUAAUUUCCAGGCCACUCUGUCGUGGAGUGAGGCUCGUACCAGCUGCCAGCAGCAGGGGGCAGACCUGCUGAGCAUUACCAAGGUGGAGGAGCAGAGCUACAUCAAUGGUUUGCUGACUGGUUAUAGUGCUGCCCUGUGGAUGGGUCUGAAUGAUCUGGACCUUAAUGGAGGCUGGCAGUGGGCUGACUCUGCCCCUCUUAAAUACCUCAACUGGGAGACAGACCAGCCAAAUCAUGAGGAGGAUCAGAACUGUGCUGUGAUCCGCACUGAAAGCUCAGGCCGCUGGCAAAACAGAGACUGUUCAAUGGCUCUGCCUUACAUCUGCAAGAAAAGACCCAACGCCACCCUGGACCCCUUCACCACAGACUCGUGGGCAGAUGAUGGUCAGUAUCAGUGUGAUGUAGGCUGGCAGAACUUCCAGGCUGGAUGCUAUAGGCUGAACUCUGAGAAGAUGGACUGGAACUCUGCCCAGAAAACCUGCCAGAAGAUGGAUGCCCACCUAGUCAGCAUCCACACCCUGCCGGAGCUGGAGUUCAUCACUGUGCAAAUGAAAAGAGAUGUAGAUGAAUUAUGGAUAGGCCUGCAUGACACCGCCAUGCAGAUGAAUUUUGAGUGGACAGACCGCACCCCAGUCAUCUUCACUUUCUGGCACCCGUUUGAGCCCAACAACUUCUUGAACACGCAGGAGGAUUGCGUCACCAUGUGGGGCCCGGAGGGCCGCUGGAAUGACAGCCCCUGUAAUGUCUCCUUGCCCUCCAUCUGUAAGAAAGCUGCUCAGAAGACAGAUGGACCGAUCCAGGACCACGGCUGCAGACCGGGCUGGAAGUGGCACAGUCCUGCGUGUUUCUGGGUUGGAGAGGAGUCUGUAACCUUUAACAAUGCCAAAAGGGCAUGUGCCAGCAAGAAUUCCACAUUAGCCAUUAUCAACAACAGGUUUGAGCAGGCGUUUGUGAACAGUCUCGUGUUUGGCCGUUCAAACGAUCAUUUCUGGCUGGGUCUGCAUGAUGAGAACAGCACUGGCCCCUUCCGCUGGCUCACUGGAGAGAAACUGACAUACGCCAACUGGAACCGGGACCAGCCAGCCCCUAUAAAAGGCGGAUGUGUUGCAAUGGCGACAGGACAUGCUACAGGCCUGUGGGAGGUGAAGGAGUGCAUGAGUGCACGCUCCAAAUACAUCUGCAGACAAGAAAAAGACUCUACUAUCUUCCCUGGACCCCCCAAACCACAGCCCACUCCCUCUCUUAGCGGGACGUGCCCUUCUGAGUGGAAAACAUCCGGCACGCUGCGCCACUGCUAUAAGGUCUUCCAAGCGGGGGAGCUGGAGAAGAAGCUGACGUGGAUCCAGGCUCAUAUGUUUUGUCAGAAGCACGGUGCUGAGCUGGCCAGCUUUGGCAACUCAGAUGAGGAAGCCUUCGUCUUUCAGGUCCUUCAUGAGGCCUUCGGGGAUGAGGAGGGUCACUGGAUCUGGAUUGGUUUAUCCCGCCGGAACAGCGACAGCUGGACAUGGAGUGAUAGAACAGUUGUGUCCUAUCAGAACUUUGGCAGGGGUCCGUAUAGCUCAGCACAGUGUGGAGCAGCGAACCCUGCAGACAUGAACUGGCUAAAGACAGAAUGUGACACUGAACUGGACUGGAUCUGCAAAAUACCCAAAGGAAAAGCGGAGUUGGAGCCUGAGACAGCUGAAGACUCUGGUCUUGAGUGGGUGAAUUUCGAAGAGGCCCAGUACAAGCUGUUUCCGCAUCGUUCCACAUGGAAACAGGCCCGGAGGAUUUGCUCCUGGUUUUCCGCCUCCCUCGCCUCCAUACACUCUAUCGAAGAGAGACAGUUUGUGGCAAGCAUCGUGCACAAGGUGUCAAGAAUGGACAGUGAUCCUUAUUGGAUUGGACUGCACACAUUUGAGAACGAUGGCCGAUACAGGUGGUCUGAUCACUCUGUGCUCAACUAUGUGUCCUGGGGACCUGGGCAACCUCGCCCCCUCACUAGAGACUCCAAGUGUGUCUACAUAUCUGGGUCUAAAGGUGAAUGGGCGGAACAGAAGUGUCAUAUAGAUUUGCCAUAUGUUUGUAAAAGAGUAAAUGUCACGGGCACGCCCCCACCCACCCCGACUCCGCCCCUCAUCCCAGCAGGCUGUCCUGAUGGCUGGAGUCCGUUCCUUCACAAAUGUUACAAGUUGUUUGGGCAAGAGGAAUUGAGGCGUGUCACUUGGUCUGCCGCCAACAUGAUGUGCCAGUCUCAAGAGGCAAAACUAACUACAGUGCCCAGUCACAUUGAACAAGCCUUCCUGGUGACUCUGCUGCCCAACACCAGUUUCCAUCUGUGGGUGGGGCUUACCUCAGAUUCUCAAGGACAGUUCAAGUGGGCAGAGCCUGGGUUGCUUAGCUACACAAACUGGGCUCCUGGGGAGCCUGUGGACAAGAGUGGACACAACAAAAACUCGCGUAACUGUGUGGUGCUUCUGCACAGUAGUCCUCACAGAACCACAGGGAUGUGGUCAUCUCGAAGCUGUGAAGGAGAGAAACAUGGCUACAUCUGCAUGAAGAACAAAGACCGUGCUAUACCCCCUGGUGUGGACCCACUCCCCCCUGCGGUAGAUGGGCCAUUGGAGUUUCAAGGGGUUCAGUAUCGUUUGUUACAGAAGCGACUGGACUGGAAGGGGGCUCUGCAGGUGUGUGAGUCUGUUAAUGGCAGUCUGGCUGCAAUAAGAGACCCGCGGCAGCACGCAUACCUCACACUCCUGCUCAGUACGCUCCGCAAACCUGCCUGGAUCGCCCUGCAUAACGACGGGGGUCGGAGCUACAGAUGGCUGGGUGAAGAGGAUGUCAUCUUCAGUGACUGGCAGGAUGGAGAGCCCAAUCAGGUGUUUGGCUGUGGUCACAUGACUCCCAGGGGCCAAUGGACUGUGUCUGCUUGUGAUGCUAAAUUAGACGCAGCCAUCUGUGAAAUUAAUACAGAGCACGACAUUGCUCACAGGUGGAGGUAUCCGGGACAUUGCCUUCAGAAGCUGGGUGACUGGCCCUGGAUUCCUUUUAGAAACUACUGUUAUGCUUUUAACCUGAACCAGCUACGGCUACAGCAUGAUGCCGUGCACACCUGCAAAAAAGUGGGAGCGGAGCUGUUGUCAGUGCUGGAUGAGAAUGAGAAUGGUUUCGUAUGGGAGCACAUUCAGGGCUAUCAAGAGCAGGCAAAUGGCGCGUGGCUCGGCAUGACCUUUAACCCCAGAGGAGGCGGUCUGCAGUGGCAGGACAGUUCGGUGGUGGAGUACACCAACUGGGAGCAGCAGGACGCUAAUCUGAGCAUGCUCUCUGCUAACAGCUGCUUCUGGGUGCAGAGCAACACGGGGUUCUGGAGACCUGGAUCCUGCAAGAAUCGCACUCACGGAGUCAUCUGCAAACGGCCACGAGGACUGGAUUCUUCAGGUGUAGCAGCUGACGUGGAUCAUCUUCCUGCUUUGGUGUUCAUCCUUCUCGCUGUGCUGGUCCUGAUUGCCCUCGUGGUGGGCGGAGUUUAUCUCUACCGGAGGAGAAGCUCUGGCUCCUCUGGGUCGUACGAGGGUGCUCGGUACAGCCGCACUAAUUCCACCCCCUCUGAGGAGGCAGAGAAAAACAUCCUGGUGUCAGAUAUGGAGCUAAACGAGCAAGGGGAAUAAUGGAGGACGAGUGAUUAUUAAGAAUGAAAACUAGCCUGCACAUUCAAUGACUAAUUGAACUGAAUUCAAUUUUUAUUUUUGUUUUUGAUUUU